AGAGGCGAUGUGUGUGUGUGCGAGCGAGCGCUAGCUAGGUCAACUUUGCUCUCAGCUCUCGCUCCCGAUGCCACACGCUGACGCUGUGCUCGUUAUAAACCCCCGGCCUCGCCGGGGCCUCACCAACCACGGCCGCGCUUCGCUUCUUCCUCUGAUCAGAGUGGGGUGAGGCGAAGUGCUCGAUCGGGAGCGGUGGUGGUGGUGGGGAGAGAGAGAGAGAGAACUUAACGAUGGGGAGGUCGCCGUGCUGCGACAAGGCGAGCGUGAAGCGGGGGCCGUGGUCGGAGGAGGAGGACGCCAUACUCAGGAGCUUCGUCGAGAGGUUCGGCAAUGCCGGCAACUGGAUCGCGCUGCCCCACAAAGCAGGGCUUAAACGGUGCGGCAAGAGCUGCCGCCUCCGGUGGCUCAACUACCUCCGCCCGGCGAUCCGGCACGGCGGCUUCACCGACGAGGAGGACAACCUCAUCCUGUCGCUCUACGGCGAAAUGGGAAGCAAGUGGUCGGUGAUCGCGUCCAAGCUCCCCGGCCGGACGGACAACGACGUCAAGAACUACUGGAACACCAAGCUCAAGAAGAGGUACUUGGCCGCGGCCGCAACAGAAGCAACCACUCCUCCUCCUCCUGCCGCCGGCGACGAUGACAACAACCCAACGACACAAGCCUCCAGCCAACCCGCUCCUCCUACUCCUCCGGCGCCCCUCGUCAACCUCGACGCGGCCGGCCUCGACGGCGCCGUGGGCGACAACGACGAGCUCCUGCUGCACAAGUCGGAGCAGCUGUACGCCGAGCUGAUGGGCCUCAUCGAGCAGCAGCAGUACUCCACGAUCACCGCCGCCGCCGUCGACGCGGCGACGACGACGACGUCGUGGUCGUCGCCGUCGACGGGAACGACAAGUCCGACCGCUAGCAGCAGUACUGACGGCAGCAGCAGCAGCAGCAACCUGCCGUGGCCGGCCGUGGACGUGCACGACAGUACGAUGAUGCCGCCGUUGUCGGAGUCCAGCGGCAGCAGCAGCGGCUUGUUCUUCGGCUCUCACGCGUUCGGUAGUGGCUCGUUCCAAGACCUGCUCGGCUCUGCAGCUUCCUUCGACGAUGUCAUGCUGUCGCAAGAGAUGCUGUACUACUAGCUAGGAUUAAUAAGAAGAAAUUAAUGUUUGCUUAUCUCAUUAGUCUAGCUAGCAAAGUGGUAAUUGAAUUAUCUCAAUUAAGUUAUAAGUAUGCUGCAUUGGCUAGCUAGUGACGGAACGAGACGUCAUGAUAUGUACCGUGCAAGCGUGCAAAUCAACUAUGACUGUGUGAGUGCGCGUAAACGUACGUGUGUGUGUGACACGAUUGUAUAUAUAUGGUCUCAGAAGUGUAAGAAAUAGUCAUGCGGUACUGGAAGAUGA